AUGCAUAUUGAAUUGGCUGCUUAUGAGUUGAUGGUAUAUACAUAUAUUUGGCUGGAUUUGUACAUCACGUCACCAACCCUAUCAUCCCAGUUGGCCAUCCCCGUAUUGGAUGUCAGCGUUGUGAAUAAAACUGCAGAAGCUAUAACGUACGCUUCAUCAUCUGACGGAACUUCCGUGACGUUGAAUAUACCUUCUCUAGAAAAGGCGAUUAGAUAUGAAAUAUCAGACAGUGAUGGCACGGUCGUUGCUACAUUGAAAGAAGAAGAAAUCGAUGGAUCAGACGUUUUAAAGGUACAAUUUUUAGACUCCGAGCAAUGCUCCAAUUGCUCAACAAAGGCGAGUUGCGUGAGGUUGACUGAUGGAUCAGGUGAUGUAAUAUGUACGUGCAACAAUGGCUUUGGAGGUGAUGGUACGACAUGCGACUUCAUAACAACAACAACUGCGGCUACAACAGCUGCAACUACAGAGUCGGAUACAACUACAGCUGCAACUUCCCAACCAUCCACUACCGUUGCUAAACCAACCACAGCUGCAACUUCCCAACCAUCCACUUCCAUUGCUGAACCAACUACAGUUGCAACUACCCAACCAUCCACUGCCAUUACUGAGCCAACCACAGCUGCAACUUCCCAACCAUCCACUACCAUUGCUGAACCAACCACAGCUGCAACUUCUCAACCAUCCACUACCAUUGCUGAACCAACCACAGCUGCAACUUCCCAACCAUCCCCUACCAUUGCUGAACCAACCACAGCUGCAACUCCCCAACCAUCCACUACCAUUGCUGAACCAACCACAGCUGCAACUUCCCAACCAUCCACUACCAUUGCUGAACCAACCACAGCUGCAACUUCCCAACCAUCCACUACCAUUGCUGAACCAACUACAGCUGCAACUUCUCAACCAUCCACUACCAUUGCUGAACCAACCACAGCUGCAACUUCCCAACCAUCCCCUACCAUUGCUGAACCAACCACAGCUGCAACUUCCCAACCAUCUACUACCAUUACUGAACCAACCACAACUGAAACUCCCCAACCACCCACUACCAUUACUGAACCAACCACAGCUGAAACUCCCCAACCAUCCACUACCAUUACUGAACCAACAACAGCUGCUACUUUCCAACCAUCCACUACCAGUUCCGAACCAAGCACAGCCGAAACUUCCCAGCCAUCCACUACCAUUGCCGAACCAACCACAGCUGCAACUUCCCAACCACCCACUACCAUCACUGAACCAACAACAGCUGCUACUUCCCAAUCAUCCACUACCAGUUCUGAACCAACCACGGCUGUAACUUCCCAACCAUCCACCGCCAGUUCCGAACCAAGCACAGCUGAAACUUCCCAGCCAUCUACUACCAUCACUGAACCAAACACGACUGUAACUUCCCAACCAUGCACCGCCAUUACUGAAGCAACCCCAACAACAGCUAAACCAGCAACAGACUCAAUAGCCUCUACUACUGUAUCAGAAAGUAGCAUUACGACUAUCAAUUCCCAACCAGUUUUACCUGUCUGGGGAUUAAUUCUUAUUAUCGUAAUUGGAAUCGGGUUACUUGGAGUUCCAAUUUAUUUUAUAGCCAGACAUUUCGAUAAUAAACAGAACGAUCAGGAAAAACCAAGCGUGGAAAUGUGGAAUGUCAAUGGCAACCAUAACAGGCAAGGGAAUCCUUAUGAGGAAAUUAAUUGACGUAUAACUACAAUAAACAAAGAGAGAUGUACGAGGAAAGAAGCCGUGGAAGUGGCGAUUAAUGAUGACAAAUAUUUGACUUUGCUACAGCAUCGUAAUCAUUACGGAUAAGACGUAAUUUAAAUAAAAAUUCGUUACAGACAGAAAAAUAUAAUCAACACAAUCAAAAAGAUACCUCAAGUGGAAAGGAUUUAUAUUCC